AUGCCAUGGCCAACAGAUCCUCGGUUUGCAAGCUACUUCCUGCCCGGCUAUCCAGCCGCUCUCGCUGCUGUUAUGGCUGCAAUGCGCUCCUCUGCUUCUCCGGUUUGUGGCUUCUCUGCCACUGGCGGAGCUGCUGCUGCCACUGGUUGUCAUAAUGACUACAGUCCAGGCGCACCCGGGGGUGGCUUUCUCAGUGGUCUGGCCUCUUCCAGCACUUCACCCACUGCCAGUGCUCCACCGCCCUCAAACUCCACCUUUUACACUCCACCAUGGGAACCACAGGGCGCCAUGGCCACCAACGCAUCGGCUUUUGGCUCACCAACAGCUACUGGCGGCAGUGUUGAUGGAUAUGUGGGUGCCGCUGGAGGCGGGGGCGGAGGCGGAGGAGGAGGAGGGGGAAGCGCGUGUCAACGUGACUCCUCAAUCGAUGACCGUGGUCAGGCAGCAUUCGUGAGUUUGACAGAUUAG